AUGGAUUCCGCCAACCUCCCCGAGCGCCUGCGCGAGCUGUUCCAUUCGAAUGAACCCCUGAGCGACGAGGACAUCCACCAAACCCAGCGCGUACGGCAUGAGCGCCAAAGCAGCAUCGAAAACCUCCGAUCCAAACUCGCAGACAUUGAAGCCCAAAUCCGAGAGAUGCGAAAGCAAAAGGGACAAUUGAUGAACGAGAUUGCGCAGAGGAAGAAGGAUAUCCGAGCAUGCGACAUGCUCCUCUCGCACGCGCGUUUCCUCCCUGCCGAAAUACUCCAGCUGAUAUUUCUAUACGCUCUACCAACGGAGGUAUCGCAGCGUCACCAGCACUGGGCGUCCAAGUACGUCGACAACGCUCCCAUCUCCCUCACUCAAGUCUGCAGGCACUGGAGACAAGUGGCAUUGGGAACACCUGAGCUAUGGACUUUGUUCUCCCUCCGAACGUUCAAAACAUCGAUGCUUCAGGUCCGAGGUGAUGCCUUUGAGAGGAUGGUAAAGGACUACUUCAGUCGAGCAGGCGACCUUCCCAAGUCCAUCGACUUCCACUACGGCCUGGGGUUCACGCCGUCCCAUAUGAACACUCUCCUGCCAUGUCUAUUCAACUCUGUAUUGGUGGAGAACCUCACACUGAGCUCCCCUCACCUCCUCGACACUAACAACGCCUUGAACGCGUACAAUAGGAACGGGCGACUUACGAAACGUCUAACGAACCUAAAGUCGCUCGUCCUCCGCGAGACAGCUUCAGCGAACCGAGAAUCAACGUUCACGAUGCCCUUCCCUUCCAACCAGCGCGUCCUUUCCAACCUCACCCAACUCCGCCGAGUAGAGAUAGAACAUAGCCGGAGUGCGGACCUUUGGGCACCUGCACUCUUCGAUUUCGACAUCGACGCCGACCGUCAAGGACUACCUCUACCGUGGAAUCAACUCACCCACCUCUCCAUCGUACCCUGGAUCACAUACGAAACUUGGUCCCAGAUGUUCAAAUCAUGUACUUCUCUUGUACGCGGAACGUUUUACAUCGUCGAUGGCGGCGAAACCGACGAUACGGGGACCAACCUUAUCCCCCUCCUCCCCCACUCCAAUCUGAUCGACCUAACUCUAAUCCAAAAACACUUCACAAGCGAACCUUUUGUAUUCGAAGCAUACAACUUCCCCUCGCUUAUUAGUCUCCGUCUCGGCGCGUACAACCAACCACACACAGCCAAAGCAUUCGACUGGUCCAGGAUCCGCACCCAAAUCUUCAACCUCACCACUCUCUCAUUGUACCACCUCACAUGGGAGAUGGCGGUGUCCGAGAUUGUCCAACUCUUUCUUGCCACUCCGAAUUUACUCUCCCUGGCGAUGGGGGUCUCGACCGACUACAACGCGGUUUUUGAGCACUUCCAAAUCGACUGGAACGGCCAUGCGCUCCUCCCAAAACUGAAAGAACUGACACUCGAUUGCGUCGAUGCACGGUACAAGGACCUCGAGGAUGAUACUUUGGCUGGGACGACGACGUCCCGCUCCGAGUCUUCGAGGUUCCUCAGCCUCACUGCGGAUGGGUUCUCCGAGAUGGUCAAAGACCGAUGGAGACCGGUAGAGGAAAUUGCACAGAUAGAGCGUGUAUCGCUGUUCCUUCCACGAACACACGAACCGAUGCUCGAGGCUGUGCGACACUCCCUUCGGCGAGAGGUGAAGGAAGGCCUGCACCUAACCGUCCAAGUAUCCGAGAGACCACAAUGGGACGAUCCCCUCCUCGGAGGCUUGACUCACUGGGACGACAUGUAG